AUGAAGUUCAUACUUUAUGUAUUGGCUUCCAUUUUGUUGUUUGGGUUGUCUGUCUUGUUAAGUCUAUACAGCAGCGCCAACGUGUAUGCUGCGACGGUAAUGAUCUCACAGAGUCCAAUCCAUAUUACAAUUGGACUUAAUGUUUGUCUCUGCCUCUUUUUUGCAAUUGCAAAUGCGUUCAAGGCAGUCCUUUUUGGAUCCCUACAGACGUUUGAAUUGGAGCUGCUGUAUGAACAAUUUUGGAUUACUCUUACAGACGCUAUGCUUUUUGUAACCACUUUGAGCGCUCCGAUAUCUAUUUCCUUUUUUUUAUUGUUAAGCACGCUUAUGUUUGCUCGAGUAUUUCAUUCAAUUUGCGCAUUCCGAACUGAAAGACAGCAGGUUCAGUUGACAGAACGUCAAUUCCAUCUCUUUAACCGACUCACUUGUGCCUUCCUUGUUUUGGCACUUUUGGACAUUACCUUCGUGUAUUUGUGCAGCAAUAAUGAGUACAUAGGCGAUACUUCGACAAGAAUACUUUUUAUCUGUGAAUUUUCCGUGUUAUUUGUUAAUUUGGUUACGGAGGUUAUAAAGCUUGGGCUUUAUGUUUUUGAAACUCGUCAUCCGGAGCAGGUAUGGCAAGAAAAGAGCAUCUACCUUUUUCGACUAGAGGUCCUUCGGGAUGCUUUACGUCUUCUUGCAUACAGCAUCGUACUUGUUUUUCAACUUAGUUAUGUGAGUUACCCUAUUUAUGCAAUUCGACAAUUGUAUAUUAGCUUUUAUUCUCUGUUCCGGCGCCUUCGCGAACAUGCUCGGUAUCGACAAGCUACUCGUGAUAUGGAUGCUAUGUAUCCCAGUGCAACUGAAGAGCAAUUAUCCAGUUCUGACCGUACAUGUACCAUUUGUAGAGAAGAAAUGUUUCACCCUGACUUUCCUCCUGAUAAUAUAGAGGAAAUGGAGCCACUUCCUAGAGGUUUGGACAUGACCCCUAAGCGUUUGCCGUGUGGUCACAUCCUUCAUCUUCACUGUCUUCGAAAUUGGCUUCAAAGACAGCAGACCUGUCCAAUUUGUCGUAGACCUGUCUUUGGAGAACAAGCGCCUUCCCCUGCAGCUGCUACCGCAAACCCUCUCCCAGUUCCUACUCCUACUGCUGUCGAAGGUACAAAUCAAAACACUCCACGAACAUUUUCACCUGGUUCGGGAUUAGGAAAUCCUAACAUUCAACCGACACAUACAUUUAGGCCGGGAACUACUGCUCCUUCUUGGGGUCAGACUCAAAAUCUUCAUGGUACAAUCCCUUUGCGUAACGGAUGGAGUAUGCUCCCUAUACCCGGUGUACACCGUAUUCCUGCUAAUAACUCCACAAACAUGCCUGAUGGUACAACCGCUGAAGGACAUUCUGUUGCAGAUCCAAAUGUAGCUGGUAUUAUACCACCCGGAUGGCGGAUGAUAUCUGGAAAUAACCAUCCAGUUGCUCCUCCCUUACAGCAUGAAGCGCCUGGUUUAGGAAGUCCUUCCGUGGCGGUGCCGAACGUGGAUUUACAAAUGCAGCCUCCCUUACAUGCCGCACCCCUCGAAAUGCAGCGAUUUUCUUCUCCCGAAGCAAACUCCAUUCAAAGUUUACACCAAAAAAUAGACGAAAUGCGAAAUAUGACCGAUCGCUUGCAUUACGAUAUGCAAGAACUGCGUUCAUCAGUACGAAAUCUUGGAGUACUGAUGAAUGAAAAUGCUGUUACAGACGGAUUUAUGGGGCUUGAUCAAGAUAGGAGCAACAUGUUAUCAAAUUCUAGGGUAAGGGAGCACUUCAGUCAGCGGCCAACUGCUUCGUCGUCAAGUUCGAUGGAUGAUGAUUUGACUCAUAGAAACCCAAGAAAUGUACAAUUAGAAACACUAGAUGAAGACUUAUAA